UCGAUUCCAUUGAGAAAUUAAAAAUAUUUGACUUGUAUAACUUUGGGGCGAGAAUUAUUUUUUGUAAGUUUUAAAAAGUUAAAGUCAAAGAAUGAAGUCUGAGGAGAAGUAUAUCGAGGAAAAGAUUGGAAAACGUUUGGAUCGUUGUAUCUCAGAUACAUUAAUUAAAGGAUGUGGAGGGCUUCUUAUUGGAUCUGCGGUGUCUCUAUUAUUUUUUAAGCGACGUGCGUGGCCUGCAUGGCUUGGCGCUGGGUUUGGAAUUGGCGUUGCGUACAGGACUUGUGAGAAGGACAUCAAUGUUUUGAAGUGAUGGGGAAAAAUAAAUAAACACAAACUGUUGCAAUUCAAACUAUGCGUUUAUCGAUUAAACGUUUUAAUGAAUAGUGUGGAAAAAACCAA